AUGUCUGCUCGAGUAAUUGAUGGCAAGGCGAUCGCGAAGGCGCUACGCACUGUGCUUAAGGGCGACAUUGCGAAGCUCACGGCAAUGCAUGGACGGGCCCCAGCAUUGGGACUUAUCAUGGUUGGAAACCGCGAAGACUCAGCCCUUUACGUGCGCAAUAAGAACGCGGCGUGCCGUCAUGCUGGAAUCCGUUCCGAAAAUUUUUUCUUCGAUGAAAACGUAAUUCAGGACACCAUUGUGCGCAAGGUGGAGGAGCUAAAUGAAGACCCUACCAUCGACGGCAUCUUGGUGCAGCUUCCGCUCCCAAGCACGCGACUGAAUACCCAGCAUAUUAUUAAUUGUAUUAGGCAUGACAAGGAUGUGGAUGGCUUGCACCCGUUUAAUGCCGGCGAGCUGACCAUGCGCGGACGAUAUCCGUACUUGAUUCCGUGCACGGCCAGAGGGAUUCUGGCACUACUAGACGACCAGCGCACACCGCUGCGUGGCAAGACAGCAGUAAUUAUUGGACGCAGUAACUUAGUAGGUAAUCCGGUGAGUAUGUUGCUACAAAAGAGAGACGCGACGACGAUUCUCUGUCACUCCAAGACGAUAGGGCUUCCUAGGUAUGUACGUCAAGCGGAUGUGGUCGUUGCAGCCUGUGGACAGCCGUAUCUUGUACGCGGCGAUUGGUUAAAGCCUGGCGCCAUGGUGAUUGAUGUGGGCAUUAACUUCGUUCGCGACGUGAGUGGCGCAUUCCAUGGUGUGGCAAAUGCCGAUGGUCUGAAGCUUGUUGGUGACGUCCAUUUUCCAGAAGCUUGCAAUGUGGCUGGUAUGGUGACUCCUGUGCCGGGCGGCGUGGGACCCAUGACAAUCGCUAUGCUGGUGCAUAACGUCGUUGAAGCAUUUAAACGUCGAAUGGAUACUAAAAAGUAA